UUGAUGACGUAGAGCGCAAGCGGUAGUCAUUCACGAUGGCGAUCGACUUGAAGAAGAACAGGGAUUCCUUGCUAAAAACCUACAACGACGUUGUAAAUGAUAAAUCAGAAACAACAUGGGCUGUUUUUGGAUACGAGGGCAAUACUCCUGUGCUGAAGGUCUAUGAAAGUGGUGAGGGAGGUAUUGAAGAGAUGACCGAGGAACUGAACAGUGGGAAGAUCAUGUAUGGCUACUGUCGUGUGAAGGACCCCAACACUGAUCUCCCCAAAUAUGUGCUCAUCAACUGGCAAGGAGAGGGUGCUCCUGAUUCCAUGAAGUUAAAGUGUACCCAACAUUUACGGGAUGUCUCAAACUUUGUCAAGACCAUCCAUGUGACGGUGAAUGCCCGUACAGAUGAUGAUGUCAUUGAAGAUGACAUAAUCAACAAGGUUGCAAAGUCUUCUGGUGCUAACUACAGCUUCCAUAAGGAGAAGGCAAAACCCACUGAAGCCCCCAAACCUGUGGGCUCUGUUUAUCAGAAAACCGUGGCAGCCAAAGACAUCAAGACUUCCUCCAGAGAUAAGUUCUGGGCCAAAACAGAGGUAGAGGAGAAGCAGAGACAGGAGGAAGAUAAGCAGAAGAGGUUAGCAGAAGAACAAGUGUUGGAUACGGCGAGGAAGGAGAGAGAGCUGAAGGAGGCCAAGGAGAGGGACCAGAGGAUGCAGGAGAAGAUGAGGGCUGUACACGAGCAGAAGCGGGCUGAGAAGGAGGCUGCCACAGUGGACCGUGAGAACGAGAAGAACAGAUGGGAGAAAGAGCAGCAAGAGUUAUACAAGGAUGAUGAGCAAAAGAGGAAGAGAAGCGAGUCCCUGCGGAAAGAAAGAGCGCAGGAGGCUGCUGCUCUUGGAUCUUCCACUGGUAGUGCGAGAGACUUCUUCAAACAGAAGAGUGUGGAGAGGCCGGACGACGGCCCCCGAAAGGGACCACCACCUCCUAGGAAAAUCCGUCAAGGUUUAUGGUCUGGAGGGGACCAGGAAGAUGAGGAGCCACAGAGAAAGCAGCCAAUCAAAUUGCCCACUGAAGAGCCGUCUUCCCCACCCCCUAGUAAGCCAGUUCGAAAGUCUGAUCCAGAACCAGAACCAGUUUAUCAACCAGAGCCAGAACCAGAACCAGUUUAUCAACCAGAACCAGAACCAGAACCAGAGCCUGCACCUCAGCUACCUGAAACCAGGAACUUGUUACAACAGAAUCUGCCCCCAAGACAAGACUCAGAUGAAGAACAGGAAGAAGAUCAGAACUGGGAUGAGCCAUCAGGGGAGGAUUUCUCAACAUCAGCUUCCACGGGUCAGGUGAUUUCCCAGCAGUCUGCUGACAGCGAGCCACGUGUCAUGGAAGAAGACGAUGUGGAAUACGACACCGCUGGGAACGUCCAGGCUGGGGGAGACCAGGGAGUCACUGCCAUUGCAUUGUAUGACUACCAAGCAGCUGAUGAUUCUGAGAUAACCUUUGACCCUGAUGACAUCAUCACGAACAUUGAGCAGAUCGACGACGGCUGGUGGACUGGAACAGCCCCCGACGGCGCGUCUGGCAUGUUUCCCGCCAACUAUGUGGAACUCAUUCAGAAAACAAAUUGAAACAAUUGUUUUACAAGGAGUUAACAGAAUCAUCUUGCAGUAUUUAAACAGUGUAUUCCCCAUCAUUGUCUCAGUAGCGCUGGAAGGGUCGUUGGGGUACGUAUCUAUAGUACCUGUGCCGACAAUGACCAUUUCAGUCUCAGUAGCUGGAACAGUGAUUUCUCAAAUACAAGUCAUCAACUGAAGCUCACCUUGUUAUGUGUAAUGUUACCCAGAAUUGCACAGAUUCAAAGGUGUGUUUUUACAGGUUUGAAUUUAGAGAAAUUAUGAUACAAAAGUAUGCUUUAUUAGGGGAACUGGCCCCGAUUUCUCGAAACAAACUUAAGUUAGUUUUAAAUUUCAAACUGAGUUUGACAAUUUGAAACAGCUGAAUUUUUAACUCAACUGCAUUUAUAAAUAAACAAGCCAAAA